UGUAACAAUUGUAACAUUUUGUCACAAUUUUGAAGACUUCCGCCUACAUAUGCUUCCGCUCAAUCAACUCUAAAUUUCCAGAGUAUUUCCGGCCAUGAAGCUCGCAAGCUCACCAAAAACCGUUGCCUGUUUAGGCUGUUUUUUAGUAUCAGUAUCCUGGUUUGGGAUUGUUUCGUGUUUCUUAUUCUGUGGUAUAAUCAAAAGCGAUAAACAAUAAAAAAUAACAAAUUAAAAGUCUAUAUUGUUUCAAUUAUCUCCGAAAUUUCCCGCAAGUUUCCAGCAGAAUUCUACAAAAAUGAACUGUUUUUGCAAUUUUUGUAAAAUAAAACCACUAGAAGUGAGAAAUCUUAGAAAAAUAUGAAUGCAGAUGGUGAAGAAAAUGACGAGGAAUGGGAGGAGGAGGAGCAGCUGGUGGUUGUUCAUCUCUCUGGCAUAAUUGACAAUGAAUAUUUGAAAAAGUGCAAUGCAGCAAACUGUAAAGUCUUGGGUAUUGAUACAGAUGAACCUGCAAUGCAGAUAGAUAGAAUGGUUUUCAGUGGAAGUUACAAUGAAUCUAUUGGCACAAACAUUAUUUUUGAAGAAAACUGUGAAAUGGUGCAUGGUGAGACUGAAAAGAAUUCAAAAUACAUGUGUCAUACCACCAAAAACCUUGACAUGAUUCGAGUGUUUUUGAAGAAUACCCAAAAUGAAAAAAAUUCUGAAUUGGGAGAAGAAUCUGGAGAAAUAAAAGCCACACAUGGCACAGAGGAGGAAAGAACUCAGGACAUGAUAGGAUCACAAGAACAUAGCUCGAUUUUGGAGUGAUCCUCAUAUAUGUCAAUAAGAAAUCAACUAGUACUUGUGAAUACAUGGAUUUUAGCGGAUCACUAGUGGUACAUCAGUAUAUACCCAGGUGUGUGGCAGCGUGACCAGAUCUGAUAAAUUUUAUAACCAUAUACGGUUGGCCGGGUUGGAUGCACAAAUUUAUACUGGGAAGGGAAAGCCUAACUAGAUUUGAGCAGCUAUAUUGUUUUAAAAUUAUUCAUAUAUGGUCACACUGCUAUGUGGACACGAGGUUUGAGUUGGCUGAGUAAAUAUGGAUGAAAUCACAUGCAUGUUGAAUAUUGCCCAGUGAAAUGAGAUGCACGCUGCAUGCGUGCACUAGAAAAGUAUACUAGUUAAUACUGAAAAGUAGUUACAUAUAGUUAUGUUGCUAAACACAUCUCUGAAAACUUCAAUUCCUAAGUUGUCCAAACCAUAGUUGUGUUGUAGAAUUUACAUUUUGGGAGCAA